AAACGCUCUCCUUCAUUCAUCCAAUCAGGACUGCCCAGAGGGCGGAGCUGAGGUCUACCUGGGUGCAGGUGAGGAGAUCUCCUUCCUCUCGGCUUAACCUAAGCCUGUAGUUCAAGAUAUGGUUCGGCACCGAGCUUCCCUAGAGGAGGGAAUGGCUGGGGCCGAGUUCCCAAUGGAACCGAUUCAGAAUCAGGCCCAGGAACAGGAGAAGCUGGGCGCCCCGGAGCAGCAGGUAGCCGGGGAGCAGCAACCGCCUCUGGAGCAGCCGGAGCUCGGGAAGAAGCCUGAUGAGCAUCCUCAGGGGCCCAAAGAACAGGCGGCGGGGAGCCCGGCUACAACCCGGAAUCCUCUCGGAGAGAAGCCGCUCUCCUUGCGCCCCACCUUCCUCCGAGUGCCACAGCCAAGCUUGGGUUAUGGCUCUUUCCGCUGUCGGGGAUCUUCGAGCUCCGAGCAACUCCAGGGCCGCGGGGAUCGAGAGGGGACCCUGGCCCUGGUCCCUGUCCCAGCUCCGGCAGAAUCUCAGCCUCGGGAGGGCGAGCCGUCCACUCCAGGCGCUGCGCGGGAUCCGGGCGAGGCGGGGUCGGGGGCCUGGACGCCUGUGGAACUACAGGUGGACGUGCGAGUGAAGCCCGUGGGCACGGCGGUUUCAGGGCUCUCUCCCUCUCCCCUGCCCACCACCCGGUUCUUCUCUGUGACUGUGCCGGACUCCCCCGCCUUCUCGCGCCAUUCCUCCAUCUCCCGCUCCGGGGUAUCCCUAACCCCUUCCCCCGGGAGCACGUGGGGAGGGAGUCCUCACCCCUUGACCAACUGGGCCGAUCGGUACCGCGAGCAGGAGGGGCGGGCCAGCCCUGGACUCGCGCGGUCCAGGGAAUCCCCGUCCGAGCUUCCCCGAUGUCGGUGCCGGGAGCUGGGGCUAGGGGAUAAGGAGUGGGAGAAGCUACUGCCCGGGUGCGGGGCCGACGGAGACAAGCUGCACCAAGCGAUCGCACGCAUAGGGCUGCCAACAUACAUGAAAUCCCUACGCUGGUCUCUGGUUGUCAUGGCAGUAUUGCUGGCCAUGGCUGUGAUUACCCUUGUGGUCCUGGCCUCUCGAACAGGAAUGAAGUGCCAACCUUGUCCAGAAGGCUGGAUGUGGUCAGAAGAACAUUGCUACUAUCACUCUUUGGAGGUUCAAAGCUGGGAAGACAGCAAGGCUUUCUGCUCAGCCCACCAGGCAUCUCUCCCAUUAUUGAGCCACUCAAAGAAAUUCCUAAGCAGCCAGAUCUACAGGUUAUAUUGGGUGGGUCUAUAUCGAGGCCCUGAAGGUUGGCACUGGAUUGAUGGGGCUCCCCUGCACCCCCAGCUGCUCCCAGAGGAAGAUGAAGGCAGCCUUCAGAAUCGGAACUGUGGGGGGUUGGAGGCAGGGAGGCUCAAGGCUUUAGAAUGUGCCUCCUCCAGACCCUGGAUCUGUGUCAGGGAGGCCAAGUGAUCUGCUCACUCUUCAAGUCCAAGCCCACAAGAAGUGAGUCAGAGCAUCAUGAUAUGGCAUGGACAAGGUCAGAUUGUGUGCUGGGGGUGGGGGGUGGGGCACUACUGCUUCUCAGAAUAAAUAUUGCUGCGAAACCUUGGCCUGGGGCCCAGAGAGAGACCCUGAAAACAAACUAUUCAUCAAAAACUCGGGUAACGUACCUCUAUCCUCAGCCAAGAAGACCCUAUCUUGUGGGGCGAAGAAAAGUGGCUUGUGACCAACGGAACCUUAACCCUAGAUUUAAUCCAGCCUCUGAACUCUGCUCAACCAGUGGUCAGUUAAUAUUUCUGGGGUCAAGUUGUCCUGAAAUAGGAUCCCCACACCCUUCCUUCCCAACUUCUUAUACAUACAUGCUCACUUUAUUUUGUCAAGGGAUAAGGAGAAUUCAAAAAGCCAAAUUCCUGUAGGGAUUGAACUGCUACUUUUCAUUACAGUACACUAAAUUCCAAGAAUGUCUAAAUUGCUUUGUUACGGUCAUCUCUAGUUAAAUGGUGGGCUCCAUUGUUAACCAUUAUACUUCAGGUCUGCAGAGGUUAUAGAUGAAUCCUGUACACAGCCGAAGCAAAAGAAUACAACCUCAGGGGGGCCUUUGCAAAGCAUGAAACUUUUGUCACUUAAAAGGGUGUUUGUUAGAAACCAAGGUAACCAGGAAGGAGGUCAAGAUGACUGAAUACAGUGUUCUUGAGCAGAUCCAAAAGGUAGGGACCAGAGGCAACAUUGGAACAUGGUUUAUUAGAACUGUCAUUAGAAUGGAAUAUAGGAAAAACUUUUACUAUUCUAGUCCUUACUUCUUAGAACCAUUAAGUACAUUCUUUUAAAAGACUCCCUUUCCCUCUCUCUGCCUCCUGCUCCUCUGUCAAAACUAGUCCUCUUUUUUUCUUCUUCUAAUUAUGCAACUGAAAGUAAAUAUGUACUUGAAAUUGCAUUGGACCACACAUUAGAAGAUUUGGGCUCAAGCCCUAAUUCCAGGACUUUAUUAGGUGAAUGACUUUGGGAAAGUUGAUUGACUUCUCUAGGCUCAGUUUCCUACUCUUCGGAAGGAAGGAAGGAAGGAAGGAAGGAAGGAAGGAAGGAAGGAAGGAAGGAAGGAAGGAAGGAAGGAAGGAGAAAGAAAGAAAGAAAGAAAGAAAGAAAGAAAGAAAGAAAGAAAGAAAGAAAGAAAGAAAGAAAGAAAGAAAGAAAGAAAGAAAGAAAGAGAGAAAGAGAGAAAGAGAGAAAGAAAGAGAUUGAACUAGAUGAUAUCUAAGGUCCCAUCCAGCUCUGUACAUUCAUGAAUUAGGUAUUUACCCUCAUUUACUCUGACUAUUAUAAUUCCUGUGUCCUGGGCUAACCAGAUUCUAGUUAAGUUGCCUGGAGAACUCUUUCAAGAUCUGGUUUUCCAUACACCAGCUUUGCUGUUCAAGAUGCUGUAAAGAGCAGGGCAGAGGGGAUACAUAGCACAACUGGUGUCAAAAGAUAGCUAAAUGGCAUGAUGGGGAAAUGAGAGAUGCUUAAAGGAGCUGCAAGAGAACUUCCUUAUUUCUCUUAUAGGCAUCAUCAACCUUCCAGAUCUAGAGACCAUAACCUCAGAAUCAUCUUUGACUCCUCACUCUCACUUACCAUCUAUAGUCGUUGGAAUGAGUGGUCAAGUCUGGUUUCUACCUCCCCAUAUCGCUUGGCACCAUUGGCUUAUUUCUGCCCCUGUGGCCACCACCCUCAUUACUUCUCACCUGGACAAUUAAAAUAGCUUUCUCAUUGGUUUCUCUGACUCCAGUCUCUCCUCUGUAUUCAUCUUUCACACAACUGCCAAAGUGAUAUUCCAAAAGGGAUAGAUAGGUGUGACUUUGUCACUCUAUGUCCUGCUCAGAAAGCUCUAGGGACUCCCUAUUGCCUCAAGGAUAAAAUGUAAACUCCUCUAUUUGGGAUACAAAUCUUCCAUUUCUAGAUUUCUUGUAUACUGUCCCUUCAAAACAAACUGGACCACUGGCUAUUCUCCAUUCCUGAUACUCCAUCUUCAGGCUCUAUGUCAUUGUACAAGCUAUCUGUCACAUGACAAUAUCUUCACUCUUAGAAUCUCUAAGUCCCUUCAAAGUUCAGCUCAAGUGCCACCCAUAUUCCUUGAUGCUUUCCCUACUCCCCUUCAGUUGUUGGGUCCUGGGAAUUACUUUGCUUUCUGUAUAUGUAUAUAAACGUUAUGCAUUUACUUAUAUGUGUACAUAUUGUUUUUCCCUUUUAGGAUGUAAGUUCUGUGAGGGCUGAGACUAUUUCAUUUUUGUCUUUGUAUUUCCACUGACUAUCACAUAGAUGACACUUAAUAAAAUGUCUGUUGAUUAAUUAAUUGAAGGCUUUCUUCAUUUUCUCUCCCACUACUACUCCAGGGCUUCGAAAAUCAGUAUUUCAAAAUAAAAAAUUUUUACUUUUAUGUAAAAAGUUUAUUACUUAAAGUCCUUAUUUUUUAACAUAUACUUUUAUUUUUUGUAAAGAUAUUUUAUUUUAUCAAUUACGUGUAAUGACAAUUUUGCACAUAAGUUUUCUGAAGUUAUAAGAUCCAAGUUGUCUCCCUCCUUCUCUUCCCUCCCCCUUCCCAGAGAUGGUAACCAAUUUGAUCUGGGUUAUACAUGUAUUAUCAUGUAAAACACAUUUCCAUACUGUUCUCAUUAUUGUAAGAGAAUACUCGUAUAAAACCCGAACCCCAAAUAAACUAAAGUGAAAAACA